GGCAACUGGCAAGAGCUGACUUGGUGAUAUUUGACGUGGCAGGUUUUCCGGUGUGAUACUCCUGGCAGAGUCACACCCGCACUGUCUUAACGGAGAAGCAAGCGAUAAAAAGUCUCUGCUUGUUAUGUAGGCUAAUGGCUAUGGCAUAUUCUUGCUUCUCCAUAGAGUCCACUCUACCUUCUGUCCAAUAGCCAUUUCUCACUUCUUCUUUCUGGGUCCGACUGAUAGACCAUAAAUCACACCUUUAACUUCAACCAAAGCUAACAUCACAAUCACAUGGGUGGUGAUUUUCUCACCCCUUCUGAGGAAGAAUCCUCACUGAACCAUGAUUUUUCCCUGAUGGAUUCUCCGCUUCUCAGGGAUAAAUUGAGGAUGAAGAUUGGGGGUGAUCCAGAUGAAGGAGAAAGUGGGUUGGUCUUUCAAGAGUUCGACAAAGAAAGCCAUCAAUUAUCUUCGGCUUCUUUGGAUUUUGAAACUAAUCAGAGGAGGAUGAACAAUAUUUACGCACAAAUUUUUUGGAGUUUCGAUGAAUUGCAUGUUCGUAGUAGCAACGGCCUGGAAGAGGCUAAGAGCAAAAUUUUGAGCUACACCCCUGGAGGAUGGAUUGAAAAGGUGGGAAACAGGGAUUUGGGUGACUAUGAUGUGCCAAAUACAACAACUCUCAUAUUGAUUGGUCCUAAAGGAUCUGGAAAAAGCAGUCUUGUAAACAGAAUUUCAAAGGUGUUUGAAGAUGACAAGUUUGCACCGGAGAGAGCUCAAGUUUCAUCAGAUAAUUCUUCUUUGGGAGAUGGAACCUGCUUCCUCCAGGAGUAUAUGGUCCCAAGAGGUUCAACAUCUUUCUGCCUCUAUGACACCCGUAGCUUGUCUGAUAAUUUACAUGAUAACAUCAAAAUGUUAAAACGUUGGAUGACAAAUGGUGUCCGUAAUGGGGAGCUUGUUAUAAGGGAUUCAGAUAUUCCAACUUUGAGAGCCAUAAUGAAGUGUAAAGCUCGCAACAAUGGUUCUGUGUCCAAAGAGAUCAGGAAGGUUAACUUUGUAAUAUUUGUUGUUAAUGCGCUGUCAAUUCUGAAAUCCAUGGACAGUGAUGGAAGUGCUGAAAAGGAAUAUACAAAACUGAUUGCUUCCACAUUCAAAUGCCCUUAUUUAUCAUUCAGAGAUGACAAACCUGUUAUUGUUGUUACGCAUGGUGAUCUUCUCUCACGUUUUGAUCGUGCUCGUGUUCAAGUUCAUCUUGGAGAGCUAUUGGGAAUCCCACCUACAAAACAAAUAUUUGACAUUCCAGAGAGUGAUGAUCCCAUAACGAAGUUGACAAUAAUUGAUAUGUUGCGCUAUUCUCUAGUGCAUGCUGACAAAAAUCUUCCUCAAAAGCAGUUGCUCAUGAAGAAGGUUCAUGUGCCAUCUUUAUCAUCAUAUAUAUUUCUGGCAAUGAUCCUUGGAAUUGCCAUUGCAGCUAUUCUGAUUAGUGCGCAUAUUGGUAAAGGCCAUGGUCCUCAACCAAAACCUCACGUAGGCAAGAAACCUGCAGUACAGUGGCAUAAAAUUCGACACAUGUGGCUGGAAUAAGGUUGUUCAGUUUAAAAACGAAAUCUUGCUGAGCACUUUAUGCAUAUAUACAUAUACAUAAACGUUCUUAUGGUUGCUGUGAGAGUUA